CAAAUUAAUUCUAACCUUUUAAGAAGAGAAAUUAAAACAAACAAACCAGCAAAAAAUAGUAUAAAAGUUUUAGUAUCAAAUUUUGAUAUAAUAAAUAUAUAUACGUAUAUUAAAAAUACUUUGUAAAAUUAUUUAUUGCAAAAUAUAUAGAAACAAAACAGAAACUGAAAAAAAAAAUAAAAUUAAAAAUUUUAAAUAAUAAAAUUAUUUUAUUGAUUUAAUCAUGAUAAUGCUACAACAUAUGCAGCCAGCAAAUCCAUUUUCUGGUAAAACACAAUUAUCUACAACAUCUACAUCAUCAGCAAAACAAGGAUCAUCAUCAACAACAACAAGUCCAAUAAAACAUUAUAAUAAUAAUAAUCAACAAUUAUCACCAACAGAUUUAUCAUCAUCUUCAUCAUCAUCAAAUCAAACAGUUAUUAAACAUGAUAUAACAGUUCAAAAUAAAUUAAUAAGACGUAGUCCAUCACCAAAUCAUAUUUCAAUAAUAUCAAAACAUAAUGGAUUAACAAGACGAUCAUCAUCUAAUAAUGGAUCUCCAAAUUCAAUGGCAAUAAUUAAUGAUGAUUGUUCAAGUCAUCAUAGUAUCUCAAAUAAUAGUAAUGAUGAAUAUGAUGAUAUAAAUCUUCAAGAACAUAAAAAUAUCAAUAAUAAUACAAUUCAACAACAAUUAAUGCGACCAAUUGUAAUACGAAGACGUUCAACUACAUUAAGUCCACAUAGUCCUAGAGAACAAUCUGAAACAAAUAAUAGUAAUAAUAAUAAUUGUAGUAAUAAUAAAAAUAGUGAUAUUUUACGACAUCAUCAAAAUAAAAGUCCAAUACAUCAAUCAUCACAGCAAUUACAUUCACAUUAUAUUAAUAAUAAUAAUAAUAAUAAUAAUAGUAAUAAUAAUAAUAGUAUUCAACAUAUUAUUGAUGAAAAUUCUUCAUCACAACAUAAUGAUAUACAACAUCACUCAAAUAAUAAUGGAAUAAUAACAUCUGAAUUAGAAGCAAUAAAUGGAUCAAAAUCAACUGUUGUCUUAUAUAAUCAUUUAAGACGACAAUCAUCAAGAUCUCCAAUAACAACAACACCUUUAUCAUUAUUAAAUGAAACAAAAUCAUCAUCAUCAUCAUCAGCAAUAUAUUUACCAAAUAAUCAAAUAAUUGGUAAUUUAUCAUCAUCAUCACCAACAAGAUUAUCAUCAAGACGUUCUCAAUCUAGAUCACCAGAUGGUGCAUCACCAAAACGAUUAUAUAAUAAUAAUAAUAAUAAUAAUCAUCAUCAAAAUGAUAUUGAUGAUCAUAAUAAUAAUUAUUCAUUAAGAUAUAUAGAACGUCAUCGUGAUCAUCAUAAUGAUCAACGUGAAAAUAAUCACAAUCAUCAACAUAAUCAUAAUACAAAUCAUUCUCAACAUCAACAACAACAUAAUUUAAUAACAAAUGAAACAAAUGGAUUAAAUAUUCAUAAUAAUAAUGAUAAUAUACCAAUUAGAUCAACAGUUGUAAUGUCUAAUAGAAAUACAAUUAGUCCAACUGAACAUCAUAUUCAUCAAGAACAACAACAACAACAACAACAUAAUAUUCAUAAUCAAUAUCAGAAUCAUCAUAAUAAAUUUUUAUCAUCAGAACAUAGUGAUUCUGAAGAUCAUGAUAGUAGCAGCUAUGAUAUUAAACCAAGAAUAUAUCAUAGACAAAAAUCAAUUGAAGAUAUUGAAAGACGUCAGAUAUGUAGUGAAGAUUCUGAUUAUGAAACACAUCCAGAAGAUAAUUAUAAAGUUGAUGAUAAUCAUCGAUAUGAUCGAAUGAAUAUUGAUAAAAUUAAUAAUCAACGUUAUAUACGUAAUAAUCAAAAUAAUAAUAAUAAUAAUAAUAAUAGCGAUAUGAAUGAACGUAAUUUAGUUGAUGAUGAAGAAGAUGAUGAUGAUGAUGAAGAUAAUGAUUUUGAUAAACCAUUAGAUUUAUCAUUAAGAACCGGUGUUGGACAUAAACGUGAACGUACUUAUUCAGCUGAAUCAGAUGAUUCAUUAUCAGCUGGCGGUAAUAGUGAAAUGGAUGGAGAAAAAAAUAGUAAAGAAAAAGCAGCUUAUAAGAAAAAUUUAAUGAAACGUUACUUAGACACAGAAAUUCCAUUAAUAAAACAAUCUCCAAGUCCACCGCCACCACAACAUCAUUUACAACAACAUCAACAGCAACAACAGCAGCAUCAAUCAUCAUUAUCAGCGAUAGCAUCAGCUGCUGUACAAGCUGCUGCACUUAAUAUUAAAUCAGAACAUAUAUCGGUGAAUUUAUCAGCUCAAUCACCACAACAUACAACAAAUAUUGGACAUCAACAACAACAGCAGCAACAACAGCAACAACAACAAUUACAACAUGCUAGUGGAAAUCAACAUACUCAACAGAAUGCCGCCCAACAUCGGCCACUUUUACAUAAUUUAUUAAGUGGAGCACCAAUCCAUACAACACCAUAUCAUAGAAGCUAUUGUACUUCUAGUACAGGUUCCCUACCACCAAGUCCAGCUGAUUCUGGUGUAUCAGAUGUUGAUAGCUCAAGUUCAGGUGGCCAACCAUGUAGUGAAGAGAUUAAAGCACGUUUGGGUAUGCCAUCACAUUGUCCGGCACCACAAGGACAUGUUCAACCUGGUACAUUUUUACACCCAAAUUUUUAUCAUAAUUCACCACCAUUAAGAAAUAUAUGGAAUCGUAGCGUUACAUUAGCGGAUAAUUAUUAUCCGUUGAUGUCUGGUGGUAAUACAAAUAGCGGUAAUAAUGCAACAAGCUCACUUAAUAAUUAUACAACAGCAUCACAUUUUUCUGCACCAAAUCAACCACGUUUAAAUAGUAAUAAUUCUGGUAGUGGUAAUGGUAAUAAUAGUAGUAAUGGUGGUGGUCUUAUUAAUGGUCUUAAUUCACAACAUAAUCAAAAUGGACAUAGUGGAAGUGGACAUCCAUCAUUACAUCAUCAUUUACAACAUCAUCAUCAUCAUCAUCAUCAUUUAACAAAUGGUCAUCAUACAAAUGCAUUAACUGGUGGUAAUAAUAAUGGACAUCCUAGUUUACCAGUUGGUUUACAUGCUGUACAUCAAAGUGUUAUACAAGCAGCAACAUCAUCAAAUGAUGAUCUAUCAUAUAUGUUAGAUUUAGGUUUUCCUGGUAGAAAAUUAAAGAAACCACGUAAACCAAAAAUUGAAAUGGGUGUUAAAAGAAAAAGUCGUGAAGGUUCUACAACAUAUUUAUGGGAAUUUUUAUUAAAAUUAUUACAAGAUCGUGAAUAUUGUCCACGUUUUAUUAAAUGGACAAAUCGAGAUAAAGGUGUAUUUAAAUUAGUUGAUUCAAAAGCUGUAUCAAGGCUAUGGGGUAUGCAUAAAAAUAAACCAGAUAUGAAUUAUGAAACAAUGGGACGUGCAUUACGUUAUUAUUAUCAACGUGGUAUUUUAGCUAAAGUUGAUGGACAGAGGCUAGUUUAUCAAUUUGUUGAUGUACCAAAAGAUAUAAUCGAAAUUGAUUGUUCGAAUGCGUAAAAAGAAAAAAAAAAAAAUUUUUUUUUAAUUAAAUUGAAAU